GCAAAGAAUUCAUAUGGAGACAUAACUGACAAAGUUGUUGCGGAUUUUGGUUGUGGUUGUGGUACUCUUAGUGCUGCUGCUUCUCUUCUAGAUGCAGGUUGUGUGUUUGGUUUUGAUAUCGACCCACAAUCUCUUGAAACCACAACACUAAAUGCAGAUGAGCUUGAGGUGGAGAUAGAUUUUUCUAAGUGUGACGUUACUAAGCUUGAGUUAAAAGGUCAGGUUGUGGAUACUGUUGUGAUGAAUCCUCCCUUUGGUACACGAAAGAAAGGAGCUGCCAUGGAGUUUCUCUCUGCGGCUAUGAAGGUUGCCUUUCAAGCUGUUUAUUCCUUCCAUAAGACAUCUACUAGAGAAGUGAGUAUCUUACUUAACUAUUUACACCUUUUUAGUAUAUGUUUUUGUUUUCUCCGAUAUGACCUUCCCAAGAUCUACAAGUUCCAUAAGCAAAAAGAGGUUGAUAUUUCGGUUGAUCUCUGGCGUUUUGAGUCUAGACAUGACUAG